UAUCCAUUUUACUUCGGCGUUCGGCCAUUAGUAGAAUUGUCCGCCACACCCAUUACGUUUCAAUUAUUUUGGAGAGGUUGAAUCCUCUCAUAUUCAUUUUUAAAACUUUUAACUACAUAUAAGUGGUGUUUUAAAAUUUAUACGGUACACUUAGAAAGUUACCAUGGGUUCGCUGUUCCGCAGCGAAGAAAUGGCCCUGUGCCAGUUGUUUUUGCAAAGCGAAGCAGCAUACGCCUGUGUGUCGGAACUUGGAGAACUGGGCUUGGUCCAGUUUAGAGACGUGAGUAAAAAUUAUUUUAUUAGUCUCGUGUUAUUACAUAUUUAUGUUUGGUUCCAUUUGUCACUGUUAGUUGAAUCCUGAUGUCAAUGCUUUUCAACGUAAGUUUGUCAGUGAGGUGCGCAGAUGUGAUGAAAUGGAACGAAAAUUACGGUACUUGGAAAAGGAGAUUAAGAAGGACGAAAUACCGAUGUUGGACACAGGCGAAAAUCCGGAAGCCCCUCAGCCUCGUGAAAUGAUUGACCUUGAAGUAAUAUAAUUUGAUCUUUCUUAUUUGUACUUUACAUGCUAUAUAGGUACUUUCUUGAUUUUUAUUGACAUAAUUCAUGUUUUAGAAACUAAAAACAAAAUUUGAUCUAUUCAAUUACCUACAAUAUGAACCAAAUUCAGAUUAUUUAAUGUAUCAUAAGUGGAUACUCCUUGAGGUACUCCCAUUCUGUACAUCGUUAAAUACCCAUGUCCCAUAUUAAAUGAAGUCAAUUUUAUCCGAUUCCUACUAACACGUGUAAUUAAUAUUGUUACAAAUAAGUAUUAUUGACCAAUGUAUGAAUCGCCUAGUUUUAAAGUUUCGAUGACAAUGCAUUAUUAUGAAAUAGGUACCUAAUAAGAAAUCAAUUUUCUUUAACCAUCAUGAAAUAUUUUUAAAUACCUGUAGGCUAUAGAUUUAUUAUUUUUAACGUGUCAAAAUAAAUUUGUUUAUUUCUUUUUAUUAUAGGCUACGUUUGAAAAAUUAGAAAAUGAACUGAGAGAGGUCAAUCAUAAUGCAGAGGCCUUGAAACGUAACUUUCUUGAGUUAACUGAACUCAAACAUAUUUUACGAAAAACUCAAGUAUUUUUUGACGAGGUAAAUUUUCUUCUUUAUUUUUAAAAUAAAUAUUUGAAGUUAUCUAAGUAGGUUUGUUAUAAUAUUCUAAUAGUUUAAAAAUUAAAUCAAAAUUUUAUUAGGUUAUUUAAAUAAGCAUUUAUGCCUAUUGUCUAGUAACAAAAAAUAAUUUCUUAAAAAUAACUGGUACCUAAUUGUCUAAGAGAUUUUGUAUAAAAUAAUAUAGGUAAUAUUAUAUUAUAAUAAUCUCAAAAGUUUCAGUUUCUGGCAGCGUCUAUUUAAACGAAAACCACCUCACCAUAGUUUACUAUGAUAUCAUUGGAUUUAAAAAGUUUUCAUUUGGGUUUCUAUCAUUUUCUUAUUUCACUGCAAUUUUUAUUUAUUCUUGUAUUUUUAUAUAGUAUUAUCCUUUUUUUCUUUCAUUGCUUUUUUUUAGAGUAUAUUAGUAUCUUAGAAUAUCAAGUUAAGCUUUAUUUGCUAAUUACACAACUGUAGUAUUUGAGAGUUUUUCAUGUAGCUUCUUAAAGUAUAUGUUUGAUGACAAAUUGACAUUUCUUUUACUUCCUGCAUUCACCUAAACAUAAUUUUUUAAUUUAAAUAUUUUCUAGUUUUAUAAUUAUUUGCUAUUGUUGUUUGUCAUCUCUAUAAAUUAUUUCAUUGAUUAAAUUAUAAUUGAAAUCAUAAUGAUAUAUUGAAUUAGAAUACUUUAAAUCAAUAAUAAUACUUUUAACAACCAUAUAGACAUAGUUCUUUAUUUUAUUUAACCCUGUAGGUAUUUUCAAAUUAAAUACCUACUUCAUAUCUAUUCGAGUUACAAUACACCCCUUGCCUUUUUGUUAUAAUUGCGUAUUUAUAAUGGACAUUAUAUUUUUUAUCUUCUAAAUUUUGUACAUAAAUAAUUUCAAUUUCUAUUUACUAAAUACUGUUAUUAUAUGCCUACUGCUUAUCAUUUGCAUGUUUGCAUAUUUUGUACAGUUACCAUAACUGCACACCCAUUUUCUAUUAUUUUAGGGUUACAAAAUAGUUGCUCAAGUUUGUAUUUAUUGUUAAUCUCAUAAAUAGUGGUGACAAGAUUUUUUCUUAAUGAUAGUUGAUAAAAUAAAUAAUGGUGGAGGUAAAGUGUUAUUCACACAAAAUAGUGAUGUUUGCCAACAUAUCGUAUUGUAUAUAAUAAACUUUUAUUUGGCGAUGUUGACUAGUAUAUUAUCCUAAAAGUAAUGAUCAUUUUUUUAUCUCUUAAAAUUAUCCUUUUACUAAUAUAUUUUUUAACUAAAAAUAUAAAAAGUACCUAUAAACCAUUUUUAAUUUUGAUUUAGAUUUUACAUUCAGUAUUUCAAUACCAUUGUUAAAUAUUAUUAUUUUAUCUGUAUAUGAUAGCAAGACACAUUUAUUCGUACAAUGUUUAGGUAGCUUAAUUAUUAUCAUAAUUUAGCUUGUGAGUGUAAAAUAAUAUAAACAAUGUUAUUAUUUUUAUCAGUUAUUUUAUUAUUGUGAAUUUAGCUAUACGUACAUGUGAUUAUAGGUGUAAAAUUUACCAUGUCAACAUAGCAAAAUAAUUGUUAAAUUAACACUUUCACGAGUGAAUUAGUUUUUAUAGGUUUACGCUCGGGAGAUUGAACUAACUUGCUGUUUUCUUGAUACUAAAUUUGAGUAAAAACGUAUAAAUACGCACAAAAUAAACAAUAUGUCCAAUAGUUUAAGUAGUAAACAAUUUAACAAAUAAAAUACAUGAUAAAUUUGAUUUUUAUUUCAUAAUAUCAAGAGUAGGUGUAGUUGCAUAGAAUGUGUGUAUAUAUUUUUCUAGGCGGUUUCUAUAAAACGUAAAAGUACGUCUUUACUCGUCAAAAGGUUAAAGCAUGCAAUUUUUUGGUAUUGGUUAUAUUUUUAUAUUAAGUUAUUUAUACAAACUUAAAUUGUUUUAGAAUAUUGUAAAAAAUUGUCAUGAAAAUAAAUAUAUUUUAUAACAUAUCUACCUAUAAAUAAUUAUUUACAUAUUUUUAACUUUGAAUUUUUUAUCAUUUUAAUAAUCGAUAUAUAUUAUUUUAUUUUAAAAUCAUUAAUAUCUAUUUUUAUGUAAUUUAAUUAUAUUUAUUUUCAAUAAUCAGUUAUAUUAUUCACUUAUAGCAUUUGUUUAUACACUAUUGUAAAAAGAGAAACUCAAAAUAUAAAGUUUCUGCUUUUAAUUAUUUAAUCAUUUUAGAGAUUAUUCUUUUUUUUUUUUUUAAGCUUCUUUUUUAUUUGCUUACUAGUUAUUACUGGUUAGUAAGCAUUGAAAAUUGUAUUAUACUUAAUUUAAAACAAAUAUUUAUUAUAGAUUUAGACAGUUUUAGGUUCCAAUGUGUUUUAUUUAAAAUUUUGCAUUUAAUUUUUUUUUUAUAUUUAUUUAAUUUUAACUGAGCAAGUUGACGUUAAUAUAUUUUAUUUAAAAAUUAUUACAAUGUAAUGUAUAAUAAUUUUUGAUGCUUGCUUUUUCAUACAAUCAUUUUCGUCAUAUACUUACUAUAACAAAAAUAUUUGUCUGGUGGGGUGGUGUAUGUCCGUAUGUCGUCCCUAUGGCGCAUGUGUGUGUGUGUGUGUGUGUGUGUAUGCGUGUGCGUGUGUAUGUGUUGCCAGACUGAACAGCAAAUGGGUACCGCGGUUGCUUCGCAGAUGGCUGACCCAAAUCGGGAGGACGAGCAAGUGACACUGCUAGGCGAGGAAGGACUUCGCGCCGGCGGUCAAGCCCUCAAACUAGGGUACGGUUAUAUGAUUUUUUUAUUUCAUAUGUAGUAUUGGUUUUUAAUUGCUGUAUGCUUUAUUAUUCUAUUCAAUGCAAUCAUGUCAUCUGUGGGAUUUUAAAUGUAAUAUUAUUUAGGUAUUCUGCUCGGUUGUUUAUCUGGGGUUCAAAAAUCUUGAAAAGACCAGAGUCAAAAUUUGAACCAGAAAAGGUUGGGAACUACUAUUUUAGGUAGAUUCUCUAAGAGUGUUAUUAUGAUUACUGUGUAUUCUAAUACCAAUUCUAAAAUUACAAUUGUGAAUUUUCUUGAUCUAAUAUAUUGUGUGUGUGUGUGUGUGUGUGUGUGUGUGUGUGUGUACAAAAAUGUAUGUGCAAUAUUAGGUAAUAAAAAAGAAAAUUAUCAAAACAUAUUUACAUUGCACUAUAAAGUAAUUUUACCUAAUACUUAUUAAUAUUAGUAUUGUUGACUGUACAAGAUAUUCUAUUUGUUCUUAAUUGUUUUAUUUUAUUCAUUCUGAAUGAAGUAUAUAAAAAUACUUUACUGGGAAGAAGAGAUUAAUCAGUUACCUAUAAUAUUAAAAUUUAAUUUUUAAUUGCUUUUAAUUUAAAUACUAAAUAAUUUAAUAUUAUUGUUAUGUAAGAUUAACAUUAUUAUUGGUAUACAGGGUAAUUUUUUUAUCAUGAACCAGAAAUUGUCUCAGAGGAUUUUAAGUGAAUUUGAUUUCUGUUCUUUCUAAUCAUUAUGGAAUUGUUUAAGCUUUAUUUUAAAACCAUUUUUAAUUUUUACUCCUACGCCAUAUACCUUAAAUAAGUGCAUACUUUUGAUUUUCAAAAAGGAACCCCCCCCCCUUUUGAACACAAAUUUGAAUUGAGAAUAUUUUUCAAGAAAUUGUGAUAUGCAUCACACUAAUAUUAGAUUUACCGUUUAUGAAUUAUAACUGGUUAAAAUUUAGACUAGACGAGUAAGGAAGGGUAAUAAAUUGCCUAUCUAUGAUUCUUCUAUACUCCUGUCUAAACUUUAAACAGUUAUAACUCAUAAAGGUAAAUCUAAUAUUAGUGUGAUGCAUAUCACAAUUUCUAGAAAAAUAUUCUCAAUUCAAAUUUGUGUUCAAAAGGGGGGGGGGUUCCUUUUUGAAAAUUAAAAGUAUGCACUUAUUUAAGGUAUAUGGAUUAGAGGUAAAAAAUUAAAAAUGAUUUAAAAAUAAAGCUUAAACAAUUCCAUAAUGAUAAGAAAAAACAAAAUUGCUGGUUCAUGAUAAAAAAAUCACCCUGUAUACAAUAUUUUAUAAUAAAUUUAAUAUUUUGCAAAAUCAAUGUUUUCCGACUAUAGGUUGUCUUUAUUGUGAUUUUUUGAUGAACUUAAUAGUGAAUACACAUCACAUAGUAAUUAUUGUAAGAGUUAAUUAAACUUAAAAAUAUUUGUAUAGUAUAUCAUAAUUUAUAAGGAUUUGGAAUUACUGUAUCCAAAUUCAACAUCAUAUGGCAAAAAUUAGUAAAUAAAUUAAUAUCAAAACUUUAAUUCACAAAUCCAUAAGAAAAAGUAUAUACACGUAUUUCAAUAAUAUUAUAAAAAUAUAGGCAUUACUUAUAUAUAUGUCAAUUUGUUAUGGAUUUGAAUUUUCACUUUUUUUUUUUAAUUAACUUAAAUAAAUGUCCAUUAAUACUCCAUUCUAACCUUACCUAAUGACAAUUUAUUGUAUUUGUGUCAAAAAUAAUUGUGAUUGUAUUUUUUACUAACUAAAAUUAUCAUAUAACUGUUAUUUACUGUAUUGUAUUAUUUAAUAUUAGAAUAAGAUUGUGGUGGAGGAUUUAAUAAAAACAACAUAUAUUGUUUUUGGUUAUUUAAAAUACUUAAAAAGAUGGAUUUAUAAGAAUAUGAUUUUUUUUUGAAAAAAAUUAUUUAUGGUGCAUCAUAACUGGACCUAGGUUGGUUUUCCGAUGUUAAACUGUGAACUUAAAAAUGUCUAAUUAAUUUUGCUGAAAAUAUGUAAUCAUAAAUAUAAGCAUAUUUUUGAUUUAGUGAAUUCUUAUCAAAAUUGAUAGCCUCAUAAUAUUAUAAAUAUAGGUCCUGUGCUUUGAAAUUAUAAAUCAGGUAAAUGGGGUGCAACAAAUUUUGACCUAUAUAAUAAUUUAUUGUAUACAAUGCUUGUCUCACCAGUCACUAAUAAAAUUAUUAUUUUAAUAUUAAUACAAUUUUAUUAUUUUCAAAUGUUAAUAUGGGUCUCAUAGAUGGUGCUUGGUACUUCACUGCUUUUGCUUUUACACUUUAAAUAAUAUCAUUGCAAAACAACAUUACUCUAUUUUCCCUAUAAAAAUUAAAACUUGAAUAUAUCAUUUUUAAAGUACACAAUAAUAUUUUCAUAUUAAAUUAUAGUUAAUAAAGAACAAUGCCUAUUUUAAAAAUAAUAUUAAACAAAUUAAUUUAAUCAAUGACAAAUAAAUAUCUAUUAUUAUAUUAUAUUUAAUAUAAUAACAUUAAACAAAUGUGUAAGACAAAUGCAGGGUUUUUGAUUAUGAAUGGAUUUUCAUUAAUUUCACAACAUACAUGAUUUGUAGACUUUAAACAAAUACCAAAAGAUAAUUUCUUAUUUAAUAAAUUUUUAAAAUAAUCAUAAAAGAUCAGAAAUGUAUUAAAAUUUUACGACCAUAUGUGUGUGUGCGCGCGUGUGUGUGUGGUGUACAAUAGCAAGAGGGUGGUUUGCACCCAACAGAAUCGAUGACGCGGGCUCUUAUUAGUGAUGACUCAAUAGCACGUCAAGUCAACGCUGGCCCAGUGCAAUUGGGGUAUGUAUCUAUAUAUUGAUAUUAUUAUUUAUACACAUCUACACAUGGAUAUUUACAAAACGUUUAUAUGAUUAAACACAAUUUUUAAUAUUGAGAUUACCAAAUUAUACUAUGUACAUUUUUUUAAAAAAACAUGCUUAACUAAGGGCAUUUAUGUUUUGUUGUGAGAGUUUGAUAAAUGAAUUAAAUUUUUUUAUUAAUUUGAAUCAUUUCAUAAACACUAUAAUAAUCCAUCGUUUCUGAGUUGGUGAGUGGAAUAUGUGAAAGAAUUGCAGGUCUAAGACUGAUUUUGGUUAAUGGGAGAAAAAUUAUAUUGAUCAUUCCACCACAAUCUUAGUUUUAUUUACUUACAAUUUUAAUAGUCUGGCUAAUAUGGUUUUGUCUUCAAUGCUUUAUUAUGUUUAAUAAUCAAUUUUUCAAAAUUACUCUUUUAAAUAGACUUAUUAAAUUAUUUUGAAAUUAAAGAUUUGUUGCUGGUGUUAUACUGCGAGAGAGAAUUCCUGCAUUCGAGCGAAUGUUAUGGCGUGCCUGUCGUGGAAAUGUAUUUUUGAGGCAAGCAGAAAUAGAAACACCGUUAGAAGAUCCAUCAACUGUAAGAAUGGUUAUAUUAUCUAAAUUAAAUUUCAACCUGUAUCAGUGCUCAUAUUAUUGUCAGACAAAUACAUAGGUGUAUCUCUUAUAAAAUAUUUGUAAUGAUUAAAUUUUUAGGGAGAUCAAGUUCACAAAUCAGUUUUCAUAAUAUUCUUCCAAGGAGAUCAAUUGAAGUCUCGAGUUCGUAAAAUAUGUGAAGGAUUCCGUGCGACAUUAUAUCCAUGUCCUGAAGCUCCAUCUCAACGACGUGAAAUGGCUAUGGGAGUUAUGACUCGAAUUGAAGAUUUAAACACUGUAAAUAACUGUUAAACAUUAAUUUAAACUUAAGAAUUUUAUCACAAGACAAUUGUUUGUAGGUGCUGGGUCAAACACAAGACCAUCGUCAUCGUGUGCUAGUUGCUGCUGCUAAAAACAUUAAAAAUUGGUUCAUUAAAGUUGUUAAAAUCAAGGCAAUUUAUCAUACAUUAAAUUUAUUUAACUUGGAUGUUACACAGAAAUGUUUAAUUGCUGAAUGUUGGGUACCAUUGCUUGAUAUUGAAACUAUACAAUUGGCUUUACGUAGAGGAACAGUAAGAUUUAAUUAUCUUAUAAUAUGUCUAUCAGUUUUUAAUUAUAUAUUACAAUAGGAACGUAGUGGUAGUUCUGUACCACCCAUAUUGAACAGAAUGGACACAUUUGAAGAUCCACCAACUUACAACCGAACAAAUAAAUUUACAAGUGCUUUCCAAAAUUUGGUAGAUGCUUAUGGUAUAGCCAGUUACAGAGAAAUAAAUCCAAGUAAAGUUUAAAAGUUUUUAAUUGAAUAUGAUUUAAUAUUUUAUUUAUUUUAUUUUAAUUACAGCCCCAUAUACUAUAAUCAGUUUUCCAUUUUUGUUUGCUGUGAUGUUCGGUGAUCUUGGUCAUGGAUUAUUGAUGUUUUUAUUUGCUGCAUUCUUAGUAUUGCGCGAAAAACCAUUAGCUGCAAAGAAAACAGACAAUGAAGUAUGCACAUCAAAUAAAAAAAAAAUUAUAAUAAAACACUUAAAUAUUUUAUAAAUGUUAAUUUGUUAUUAUUAAUAAUAUUUAUUUUAGGUGUGGAAUAUUUUCUUUUCGGGUCGCUACAUUAUAUUACUUAUGGGCCUCUUUUCUAUGUACACUGGUCUAAUAUAUAAUGAUAUAUUUUCAAAAUCCCUUAAUUUGUUUGGCUCUCAUUGGCAUACAAAUUACAAUGAAUCGACAAUAUUAACAAAUAAAAACUUACAGCUUAAUCCUUCUGAAUCAUUGGAUUAUGAUCAAAACCCGUAUCCAGUGGGACUUGAUCCUGUUUGGCAGGUAAAAAUAGAGUAAUUUAUUUUAUACACUAUACAAUUCUUUGUAACGUCUAUUCAAUAGACCUAACCUAACCUUUACAAUAGACUUUAUUGUCAGAAAUAUAUAUUUAUUAUUUUUACUAUUUCAGUUGGCUUUAAACAAGAUUGUAUUUUUGAAUGCAUAUAAAAUGAAAAUUUCAAUUAUAAUUGGUGUGUUACACAUGUUGGGUGGUGUUAGUCUGAGUUUGUACAACUAUAGGUAAUAAUCUAAAUACCUUAAAUAUCUCAAUGCACAUGUUAAUGUUAUUAAAUUUGAAUGUAUUACAAUUUUUAGGUAUUUUAAAGAUAGGCUUUCCAUUAUUUGUGAUUUUAUUCCACAAGUGAUAUUCUUAGUAUUCCUAUUCUUCUACAUGGUUUUAUUGAUGUUUAUUAAAUGGGUAUCAUAUGCACCUCAAAAUGGUAUUUAUUUCAAUUAAUUUGGAUAUUAUUUUGAAAUGUUAAAUAGUAAUCUAAUUAUUUUAAAUAUUCUGUGGUGAUUUCAGAUUUCCCUAAAAGCCCUGCGUGUGCGCCUUCUAUUUUAAUUACAUUUAUAAACAUGGUGUUAUUCAAAAAAGCUGAUCCAUUAAAAAAUUGUGAUACAGUUUAUAUGUUUGCAGGACAAGUAACUAUUUUUGAAAUUAAAUCUAUAAUUUUUAUUGAACAUUUCAGUUCUAAAAAUUAUUAUUAUUUCUUUUAGCGUGUCUUACAAAAGUUUCUAGUAUUCAUUGCUCUUUUGUGUGUACCAAUUAUGUUACUCGCUAAACCCAUUUACAUAAUGCGUCAACAAAAAGAUAAACAUGUCCAGGUAAACUUCAUGCAAAUUUAAUAUUUAACAGAAUAUUUAAUUGCAAUUUUUAAAACGCUCAUUAUUAUAAAUGUAUACAGUUAGUUAAUGGUCAUGCAACAACUGAAAAUGGUGAUGCAGAAGGUGCUGGUCGUGUUGUUCAGCCGCCACAGCCACACGCCGGUGGACAUGACGAAAAUGAAAUUGGUGAACUUUUUAUUCAUCAAGGCAUUCAUACAAUUGAAUAUGUGCUGGGAUCUGUGAGCCACACAGCAUCAUACCUUCGUUUAUGGGCUCUUUCUUUAGCCCAUGCACGUAAGUUGUUAAAUGUGUUUUUUUUAUUAUAAUUAAGAGCUAAUUUUAAUUAACAUUUCUUUGUUUAACAAGUAUAAUAAUAAUAAUAAUAAUAUAUGUUAUCAAUGUUAUUCUGGUUAUGCUAAAAAGAAAUUUUCAUAUAAUAAAGUUUUAAAAUUGUUUAUAAUUUCUGAUAAGCUAUGCUUUUGAUGGUGAUUAUUAGGGAAUGAAUUUUUAUGUAAUAAAAAAACAAAAAUAUGUACAUAAAUAUGGAAGUUUAAAAAAAUUUAUAAAAUAUAUUAUGCCGAGAACAUUAAAAUAUGGGGGAAAACAAUUUUUUAAUUUAGUUAUAAUUUUUUUAUCACUGAUUUGACAAUUUGCAUACUAUCAUUUAAGGACAUAUUUUUUGUGUAAGAUAACGACUAAAAAUAUAAAUCGACAGUAUACCGAUAAAUGGUUGUUUUCGUUCACUACAACAUUAUGAAAUAUGUAAACAAAGUUGGCGUCAUUUUAAUAAGAAUGAUUUAAAUUGUGAACAUUUCUUAUCAAGUCUUAAAUAUACUGUUCUAAUAAAAUAUGUAUUUACAUAUAAAUCCGUUUUCUAGUGAUUAUAUUAUACUAUGGCUAAAAACCAAAGAUUGGUAAUAUCUUAGCUUUAUCCUGGAGUGGAACUAUUUUAUAAAACUAAUAAACAUAUUUUAAUAUUUCAGAAUGUUGUCUAUAAAUUAAUUAUUUGUCAAAUUUUUUUUUAGAGUUAUCUGAAGUAUUAUGGAGUAUGGUCAUGUCCAAAGGUCUUAUAUUAGAUUCGUGGAUUGGUGGUGUUUGGUUGUGGUUUGUGUUUGGUUUCUGGGCAAUACUGACAGUUGGCAUUCUUGUACUUAUGGAAGGUCUUUCCGCAUUUUUACACACACUUCGUUUACAUUGGUAAAAUCUUAUUUGAAUACCUACUUACAGUAUUAUAUUUAUAUUUUGUAUAUUUUUAUUAAAAUAUUAAAUAUAUUAGGAUUUUCAAAUGUUUGUAUUCAAUUUUUUUUUUUUUAUUUUUAGGGUGGAGUUCCAGAGCAAAUUCUAUAAAGGUCUUGGUUAUGCAUUCACACCAUUUUCUUUUGAAGUUAUUUUAAAUACCGCUGCAACGGCAGUUGAAGAAUAAACAUAACACAUUCAAAUAAUGAAUGUAGUAACAUUAUUAUUAUUUUAGAACUAUAGUUGAAAUAUAUUAAUGAUAUUAAGAAUAAAUAUUACAAUUAAAAUUGAUUUCAUUCCAUUUUCAAUGGUUUUCAUAAAUUUUUGAUUCAAGGAAUCUUCUUUUUUUGAACCUAUCAUUGAAUAUAAUUUAAUUUUUAAAUAUUUAGACUUAAUGUUUAUAAAAACAAUAAAGAAAAUUAUACUUAGAUGUUGUAGUUUUAUUUUUUAAAGUUUAUUAUUAUUAAAGUUAAAUAUAAAAAUGCCC